GACCCAAUCAACCAUUUGUACCCGAGACUUUCUCCGCACUCGAGGAUCUGACGGCGACAGUGGCGGUACCCUUGCAAAAGGGCAACAGUGGACGAUCGCUGGUCAUGGGCUUUUCUGCCGCCCAACUCCGCCUUUUUGUAUCGACGACCACCCUAGACUUUCGCGACAGCGCAGAGCUGCCGGUGACGAGGGCGUCAAAGUCUAGCAGGUUACACGCGUCUCCGAUACUUCAUCAGCCAUCACAGCAUCCAGGAUAUCGAGUUUGAGCAAGAAUCGCUUCAGGGCAUCAUCAACAGGCUGCGCGCACCCGCUUCUUACCCGUAAACAAACGGGACCUAGAGACCCCGGAGACCGGGAGAGAGGUGCGGUGCAUCACUCCUUCCUUCCCUCCUUCCCGCGCCCUCGCCCCGAGAACCCUGGGGUGGCUGCCCUGUUUAAAUAUUGGAGGUCGGCGGCCUGAAUUUGCCGCGCCCUCGCUCUCAAGGACAUCGGGCCAUGGCCGACAAGACAGCCGAACUGCAGAACCUGACCCGCACCGUCCAGAAUCCUGCUCUGCAAAAGACGGUGCUCCAACAGAUAUGUCAGGUCAAUGGCCUCGCUAAGACGGGCAACAAAGUCGAUCUACAAAGGCGGAUCACCCAACAAUUAUCCAACGUGUCUGAAAAGCAAGAUUGGCAGCAGUUCGAGGAACUCCGCAAGAACAUUUUGGCGCGUGCCACUCCUCCAGCAUCUCGUUCUAUAGCCACCCCGACAGCCAGCCCUGCGAUAGUUGUUCCGCAAGCUGCCCUCCCAGCUGUAUUGUACAACAGUCAGUCGCAAUACCAACCACCACGACCGGCGACCCCGCCCCAAUAUGCUACCAUGGCGUCCUCUUAUGGCUCUUCGGGUUAUCGGGCGGCAUAUGGCGGCUACAACUCCCACUCGGCCGGGAUGCCCAUCCAGAAACCACCACCUGCUCGAAUAAUCGAGCAUUUUGCCUUUAAGUCGAGCCCUUUCUACGAGCUGAGGCACCAGCUGGGCAAACCCCGAGAGUUGGAGGUAAUGACGAGUCAUAGGAACACGGAAAAGAUCGAGUUGAGAGGGUCGGAGAUGUCUGUGUGCGAUGAAAACCCAUCCAUGAGGGUUCUGGUGUUUUGUGCCAACGGGACAACGCCAAUUCAGGACAUUGCCUUUCCUUAUCAAUGCGAACUACGGGUAAAUGGCGAGGAGGUCAAGGCCAACUUGAGAGGGUUGAAAAACAAGCCCGGCUCGACGAAGCCUGUCGAUGUGACGCACCUGUUGCGCUUUCGACCUCCGAGCUAUACCAACCGCAUCGAGGUGACAUAUGCCUUGACUCAAAAGAAGUUUUAUCUGUCCGUGGUCCUCUGCAAAACCACCACGGUGGAAGCUCUGGUGCCGCAGAUCAGGCAGAAGAUCCGGAAGGAGCACGUUAUUGAUGAAAUUACCAAGGCGGCCAGUGAUCCAGAUGUGGUUGCGACAUCGCAGAACCUGAGCCUCAAAUGCCCCAUCACAUACAUGCGUCUGACAAAUCCAUGCCGCGGCGUCAAGUGCAACCACAUUCAGUGUUUCGAUGCAUCUUCCUAUCUCCAGAUGCAAGAGCAAAGCCCAUUGUGGGUGUGUCCCAUUUGCAACAAGGCCACCCCGUUUGAGCAGCUGGCGAUUGAUGAGUACGCGCGUGACAUCUUGGCUCGCACAUCGGAAUCUACGGAGCAGGUCACCAUUGAGCCAAAUGGAGAAUGGGCUCUUCCUGGUGCCAAAAAGGACACAGGAGUUUCUAAGAGUCAGGAGGCUAGCUAUAUUGACGACGAUGAUCUCGUGGUUUAUGAGAACCCCAGCAAGCCAAGUUACAGCUCUGCACAGCAUCCGUCGAGUGCUGCUUAUCUGGGGACGCCACAGAGUGGUGCUUCUAGAGACACCUCUGCUGCACCCCGGUCCUCCAGCAAGCGAUCCGCUCCCGAGGUCAUUGACCUGAUUUCCUCUGACGAUGAAGAUGAUGCCCAGCCCGCAAAGCGCCCGAGGUACUACUAG